AGACCUGUCAUUAUUUUGACAGAAAAAUGAUAAAUUCAGCUUGUCUAUUGUCAAGGCACAACUGAAAACGUUCUCUAUUGUAUGCGAACGAUGCCGAAGCUAUUGAGUUACACUUGGCUCUCGCUCAGACAAUUUUUCGCUCCGACAGCCACAGCAGGUAACCGCAGAAUGUAAACACGGGCUAGGGCUAAAGAGGGUAAUUUCGCGAGAGGAAGUUGACAACACAUACACGAACUCUUGAACUGUUCUCGUCAACGCAGACAAAUCAAGCUUUUGACACAGAACUGACUUACAUCUGGCCAAGAGCGGGAUUAAGAGAAGAGAGCCGUGUACAAACGAUGGAUUCAUCGUGACCCUUUAUUGCGUUUAAAACUCAAAUCUGCGGCACUGUUUUUCGCCAGAGUGGAGUUUAACAUGAAGUUCUUUCGGUUUGUCAUCUCCAGUCUGAUAAUUUACGGUUGUUUUGAAGGCGACAUCGCUAAAAUUGAAGCCGACAAUGCUGCACUCGAAAAAAAGACAAAUAAGGUAGGCGGAGAGGAAAACAAAAUAGUGAUUUUAGACGAAGAGUUUCCUGACGAACCGUACGUCGAAAUCAGAACGAAAAGAGAAACAGAUGGCGAGAAGGAAAAAUAUUCCGGUUACACCGUUGACGAUGAAGAUGGAGAAAAAGAAACAGACGGUCUGGGAAGUGGCGACGAAGAAGAAUACGUGCAGAGUGACGAACCAUCAGCUCCUGCUGACGGAAAUGAUGAAAAUUUGAACUUUCAAGGAAAUUCGAGCAUUGGGCUAAAGUUAAAUGGCACUACAAGUGCUACACGUGCGUUUGGUCAAACCGUUUCAGCGAACGCCGCUGCGUCGGCCUCGGUGGGUUUUGUUACGAGCGCUCCUUCGGGUAACACCACGAUUAAUAUAGCUCCUACAACGAGAAGGGAUGGAAAUUCAAGCAAUACUGUUGUUACUAAUCCGCUACACAGUACUCCAUAUAUGAGAGCCGUCAACACAAUCGACACCGCGACCGUAAAAAGUUCGCCGUCGUUGUCAUCUCUGGUGAUAGCUUCUGAAACUUCCCGUGUUUUGGUUAGUCGCUCGACGACUGUAAAUCCCACAGGGCUCGCGACAGAACAAUCCAAGACAAUCGAAACUACCACAAAAGGCGACGGCGAUGUACAGAACCAAAAAGAUCCUCCGCCGGAAGAAAACAAAGACCGAAAAACUUUAUUUGGGUUUGUCACGAUCGAAAUACUUGUGGCGCUGCUCGCUGGUGCGGCUUGCGCCGUAAUACUGCUUGUUUUCUUAGUUCAUCGCCUUAAGAAACGAAAUGAGGGAAGUUACGAGCUUCAAGAAACGCUUAACUUGAAAACAGCCGGUUAUGCCGAAGAGAAAGAGGUUUUUGUAUAAAUUAGUCAUGUUUACCUUUUGCUACAAACGGCGUGCUUUUGUGACUUUAUUAAACGGUUUUGCUACGGGUCCUAAAUUAUUUGCGAGGAACACCGUGCGAAAGGAUAUUUGUCGAAUUGCGGUGGGAAAACGCUUAGCUGAAAAGCCCCGUUGUCGAGAUUUUCAGAAUAUUCUUUGCUUCUGCUGACAGUUUUGGCUAGCGGAAAGUUAUUCUAAAAAGCAGGUGUUCUUAACAUGUUUAAACGCGCCAGAAAAGAUGGUGCGGUAUUUUUAAGGACGGUUGUUAAGGCUUUUUACUAAGUAUCGCUUUAGAUCAGUUUCUUCUUUAAAGAAUAUAUUGCAAAAUGUAUAAAUAAUUCUCGAACAGAAUUGGAUUUAUUAUAUGUCAAAGAGAUGAAGAGACAAAAGAAUGGAGGUUUUUAAUAGUACACAUGCAAAUAUUUGCAUUGUAGGAAAUUCUAUAUAAAAGGAAAAAAAAUUCGCCGUGACUUCGAUCUCGACGUAGUUUGCCACUGAACGUAAUUUAUCUAAUCGUGAAAAUAAAAUGCUCUCGGAAUUACCAAAUAACUGUAACCAUAUAAUGCGUUGUUGAAAUUGUUAUAAGCGUUUUUCGGAGUCGGUCUGUAACUGGUUAUACAGAAUUUUCGGUUUCGCCUCCGGCUAUUCUUUAUACAUCGCGCCGGCUUUAAACAGAAAUAAAUAAAGCUGAACCUUAACUAUCGGUAUCUUUACAGCUUCCUCUAUAUUUAAAACGCACACAUCCAUAUUAGGGACCUCUAUGACACAGACACUUCCGUUACACGGAGAAUGCGUUCUACCCCUGUAGUUUGGUGUCCGUGUUACAGAGGUUUUAUGUACAAUAUAACGCCUAAAAUGAAAUUUGUACUUCAAAGAAAUGUAUACACAUAAUAGAAAGUUCUUUUCCAAUAUAUCUAUAAUGGCUAUGAAAACGCAUUAUUGUCGCUUUUGAAAAAUGCUUGAAUUAGCCGCAAACGAGAAUAGUUAGGCAAGAAUGUGUAUAUAAACGUAUAUUUUUAAAUCCUAUGUUUAUUUUUCUUUGUAUAAUAAAAAUCUGGGGUUCUGUUUUGGUCGCUUGCUAAAUUAAUAUGUUAGUGAUUUUGUUUCUGCAUUUUUGGAGCAACCAUGUCGUUUUUGUGCUCUGAUAAAAAGCGUUAGAUCUCGUAUAGAAUGAGACAUUUGAAAAGAAAGAAAACUUGUUCACUUCAAGCUUUUUUAGAAGUGUCAGAUGCGACGGAUAAAGCGACAACUUUCCUGGGGAAAUAUUUCAAAUUCGACUGGAAUUUCCGGAUGGGUAUCUAGUUUUAUUUUAUUUAUUCUUACGUUUGCUUUCGCGUUAAUUUGGGCGAAAAUAGUUCCUAAUCUGGGAAAAAGACUUUGUGAAUAGUAUUUAUAUAUACUGUAUGUAUAACUGCGCGGUAUUCGGGAGUGUGCUCCCCUAUGGGUCGUAUUUAUAGUGUCAUUAGUUUAGUUUCCAGCUUAAAAUAGUUUGUUAGACGACCUUAAAAGUAGUGCUGAUAUUAGCCAGGCUGCUAUAAAAGUAAUAAACUCCUUUCAGUGAA